AUGCGCCGCAAAGGUGUUUUCGACACGCUUCCGAACGAUGUUGCAGACGAAGCCAUCCGCUGCUAUUUUGAACAUGUCCAUUUCUUCAUUCCCGUCGUAGAUGCUGGCACUUUCUUGGCCCAGUAUACAAAUGAACGCAAUAACAUCAGCCCCCUUUUAUUUUGGAGUAUGAUUUUAGCCACCGCCAAUUUUGUGAGCUCCGACCUGCUGCAAAAGGCAGGAUAUUCAUCCCGGCGUGUCAUGAAAAAGGCGAUGUAUGAGCGGGCCAAGUGUCUCUACGAUUGCGACCGAGGAACUGAUAAACUUGUCCUCAUUCAAUCCGUCAUCCUAAUGGGAUUCUGGUACACUGAUCCACAAGACCAUACCGGAGCAUGGCAUUGGACUGGUGUUGCCAUCUCUCUAUGCCAGAAUCUUGGCCUUCAUCGGGACCCCCAGUCAACCCUCCGUGGACAAGGUGUAUCCGAUUCUUUCGUCAGACACGCGCGACGUCUCUGGUGGACUUGCUUUGUUAGAGACCGAUGGGUAUCGCUGGCGAAAGGCCGUCCGAUGCGAAUUCAUCACGAGGAUUGCGAUGUGCCGAUGCCGUGUGCUAACGACAUUCUCACUGAUCUGGAGCAGGUCUCAAGCGAGCAUCGCGAGAGGUUCAUUCCCUCAGAGUACGACGCACUGGCAGCAAUGUGGGUUCGCUUCGUGCAAACCAGUUAUGCACUAGGAAACAUUCUGCGUGCCCAUUAUCGUGCCAGGGGCCCUCGGCCAAGCCUUGAAACUGUCGAUAAUCUUGUAGAGGAGUUGCAGGAAUGCGCUCGACAAGACCAAUUGUCAGAUGUCUCCAAUUACCUGCUCCGCAUGCAUGCUUAUCAGGUCGAGUUGUUCUACCAAGCCACAGUUACGGUCCUCUAUCGCCCAUAUGUCCUCGGCGGCCUUGCAGCCAUUCCUGCUACUGCUCCACCUCUGUGGCACAAGACAGCUUUGGCGAAAGCAAGAGCAGCAGCUUCAAACACCAACAAUAUUCUAGAGAAGCUGAUUGAAAUCGAUGCUAUCCAGUUUUUGAAACCAAUGAUAAUUACCGCCAUAGUUCCCUCGAUGCAAAUCCACCUUUUCGAUUACAAGUCCGUUGAACCUCUUAUUAGCGGUCUCGCGGGCAAUCGCCUCCAACUCUGUAUGCUUAUCCUGUCAAAGCUCCGCGAGACGUACUGGAGCGCCGGGGUUAUGUACAGACUUUUCGAACGCGCGCAGCGUAUUCUUCAAGAGUCCAAGCGUUGUAAUCUCAGUACCGUUCCAAGAUUAGGCCAGGACCUUGAUCAAGUAGUGAAUCACUCCGACACCCGACCGAAUGCAGAUUACCAGAAUCGAUUGCAAAAACAUAUCGACACCUCUAUUCUUGACUCCCCCUUGGAGGGCUGGCCCUUGAUGACCAGUACUACAACCGAAAUAUUGCCAUUCUGGGACGGCCCUUUGAGCUUCGAUACGGUGGAUGAGCUACUCGGGCCUAGUUUUGGCCUUCCCGGGGAUGCCUUCGACGGUUUAUUCACGGGCUGCUAUGGCGGUAGCGCCCAGGGGUUGAAUCCUGUGAUACAGUUGCACAAUGACCUUCCACAAUUUGACGUGAGCUAUGUUGACUCAACUCGGGGACAUGCGUGA